GAAAAUGGCGGUUCACUCCUUCGUCUCUGAGACAGUCCUUCUCUUGGCAGCAAUUGAUACAGACUAAGUUAUGUUAGGUUUCUGAAACUUGUAUCAAGCAUGUUCCUACUGCGGUUCGAAAUAGUGGUACAGUAUUUAUACCAGUGUGACGUCACGUAACAUUAUCAGGUAAUGAGAAGGGACUUUUAUUUUGAAGGCGAGUUGCUCCCUCCUCUAGUUUCCGGUAGUCUCCACGUGACAGUCAGACGCUCACUCGUUUACACACGAGACAGAUUGACGUGUUUCAGCGCUCCAAGUUUGUUGUUUUUUUCCCACGAAGUGUCUUGGAAACAUUGUCUGAGUUCACACAGGAGAGUGAAGACAGUGGAACCCGACAAAAAUCAUUUGUUACUCCAGUUAAUCACUUUUGAAACUCGUAACACACUCAAUUGGAAAAAUGUGCAAAUUCCAAAAAGUGAGAAUGUUGAUGGAGGAGCGACUAAAUGUUACUGUUAAAGAAAUAUUUGGAGUGUUGGAAAGAACCAUAGCAGAGUACGAGGAGGAACUUUCUAAGACAAAGGAGGAGAACAAACGUCUACAAAAACUACUGGAUGCUGUUUUCAAACCUCAAGUUGUGCCACACAGAGCAGACGUCCAGCAGGUGUCAGCGGGGAGUCAUGAAGAGAUUCCCUCCGGGCAGCAGGAGUGGCACACCAGUGUGGGACAGAAGGAGCUACAGGCCCCCUCCCACAUUAAAGAGGAGCAGCCCUGGGAGCAGCUUCAUGAUGAAGAUGAAGCUCAGUCCUUACAGCUUCAUCACAGUCAAAGUGAGGAGAACAGAGGAGCGGAGCUUGUAACUCAACACAUCACAGAAGCUGAUGGAGAGCAUUGUGAAGAUAUAAAGUCAGAACCAGACCGCAUCUUUGCUCCACUGUCAGACAUGGACGACAUGAUGUCAGACUCUUCUGAUCACAGUGACCACAUCCAAAAACCUUUGGAGAGUAAAAAUGACUCUAAAGGUGAUACGACACAUCACACUAACAACAAACACUUUGACUGCUCUGAAUGUGGAAAAUCAUUUAGACAGAGUAGUCAUUUUACAGAACACAUGAGAAUACAUACUAAAGAGAAACCUUUUAUAUGCUCUGUUUGUAAGAAGAGUUUCUCUAGAAAGCAUCACAUGACCACACACAUGAGAAUACAUACUGGAGAGAAACCUUUUCCUUGCUCAGCUUGUGCUAAAAGAUUCAUCACUAAGUAUGAAAUGAUAUUACACAUGAGAACACAUACUGGAGAGAAACCUUUUACUUGCUCUGUUUGUAAGAAGAUUUUCUCCAGAAAGCAAGCCAUGACCACACACAUGAGAAAACACACUGGAGAGAAACCUUUUUGAUUGCUCAGCUUGUGCUAAAAGAUUCAACACUAAGGAUGAAGUGUUAUUACACAUGAGAGCACAUACUGGAGGGAAACCGUUGUUGCAUUGUUUGUGUUAAAAGGUUCAUGUAUAAGUUAACACAAGUGUGUAACAGUCAUGGAAGCCGCAGGCAUUUAAAACCACUUAAACAGUGAUUGUACUAAAUGUACUUUAAAAACACUGCAUGUUUAAUAUGAAUGUAUAUUUUAUGUUGUAUGUAGUCAGUGUUGGGUUAGUUACUGAAAACCAGUAACUAGUUAUAGUUACUAGUUACUUCAUUUCAAAAGUAACUCAGUUACUAACUCAGUUACUUACACCAAAAAGUAAUGCGUUACUUUGAAAAGUAACUAUUUAGUUACUUCUUUUUUUCUUCUUUUUUUUUUAAAGCUCCCAUUAAUGCCCUUUAGCCUUCAUUUCAGUACUGUUCUUGCACUGCAGAAUAAUACAAUGUGUUGAUCAACUUGACAUGUAUUUGCAUCACUGAACUCUGCUAAGCAAUGUGCUCUACAUACAACACACAAACAAUGUGCUCUACAUACAACACACAAACAAUGUGCUCUACAUACAACACACAAAGACAAACAUAUGUUACAAAGGCCAAUUUGUUUCUGGCCAGAACAAAUUGACAACACUAUUUUAAAUAGCUGCAACAUAACAUACAUAAGUAACAAACAGCAUAAUAACAACAUAGCUGUAAACCAAAUAAGUACUUUAACUUUAUUUUUACAUACACAAAGCCUAACCAGGCAUUUUUUCCUCAAAUAAUUCUGACACAAAAUCAUGUCUGAAGCCCAGAACACUCUACACAUUUCCCCAGUUUUAGUUUAGAGAUAAGGAAAGAUUGGCCUGGCCCACUAGGAUCCCUCUUUAUGUUUGUGAACUUUAUAGUCUAUACAUUUAGAGUGAUGUGAUAGUCAAACACUCUAGAAGUCUAGGAUGAAAGAGUAUAUAAGAGAAUUGACAGCAACGUUCCCUCUAAGGUGUGCGCCUGUGCAAUUGCGCACUGCUCAAUCGUCCUCUGCGCACGGCAAAUCUAUGCCACGCACAAAAUCAAAUAAAAAAAAUAAGCGCAUAACAAUUUUCAACACGACACGGACACGACAGAGAAAACAGUUUUUGUCAUCAUUGUUCAAAUAUUGUAACGUCUGUCGAGACGCUUUGAGGACAUGCAUUCCAUCCAUCACUUUACUGAGCAAAACUCUUUAUUGUCUGCCAAAAACACAUCACCAAAACAUUAGUAAAAAAAAUUAUAUCUAGCAAAAGUGGUCAUUUUCUGCAGUACAAACCAGACCAAAAGCAACUUUGUUAUAUCAACAGCAGCCGCUCGCUCUUUCUCACUUGCGCCAACACAUGCACAUAUGGCACUUAGCCAGUGAUGCGUUUACAGACACACAAAAAGUCGGACAACUCCAACACCACACAUAAAGUGU